AUUCACUAGUUCCAGUCUCCUCUUCUCCUCCGUAUCCAAUAUGGCGACCGCCGUGGACGAAAAUGCUGCCAAUUUGACAAAGACAUUUGACAGUAAAACGACUGCAGAUCUUGAGAGAGUGACUGACUAUGAAGAAGAUAAAGAGAUAAGUCCAGUGAAUAUUGGAAAUGCAAUUUCAUUUGUUGAUGACACAUAUUCGAAAGAAAAGGCCGCCAAAGCAGAACGCGAAAAAGAACUGUCGAAAGUUGCCAUAAAGAAAGAACAUGUUGAUUUAAUCAUGAGAGAGAUGGAAAUCUCGAAGUCUGCUGCAGAAUGGAGUCUAAGGAGUCAUGGCGGGGAUGUUGUGAAAGCAUUGAUUUCACUAACAAAUUGAAAAACCUAGUAAAUGAAAUCUCGAACUUUCUUGCCGAAAGUGGCUUCGGGAUGCGCAGGGUAUGAGAUGGCGGACUUUUUUAAUAGUAAAGACGAUUGUACAGUAUGGCUUAUAAAAAAAUGCAUUGAGCACCAAAAUAAAGGCUUUCAAGCCUG